GCUAGUAUCGUAAUAGCAGCUGAUCCGCGUAAAUCGUGCGCUGUAGUUUUGCUCGUGGUAGAUCUGACAUUGUGCAGUAGUAUGCAGUCGUCGGCGCGCUUAGGUUGACGGACGUUGCAUAGGAGAAGAAUUAAAUAAAAAGAGGAACGAUAAUAACGAGAGGGAGGAGAUGGCGGAGUAGGUGGAGAAGAAGGAGGUGGAAGGAAGGGAAGAUCUACAAAGAAGAAGAAGAAGAAGAAGAAAAAUAAUAAUAAUAAUAAUAAUAAGAAGAAGAAGAAGAAGAAGAAGAAGAAGAAGUAGAGAGAAAAAGUAGUGAAAGGUCAGGCGAAUAGGAAGGCGCAUUCUCGUCGUAGAAAAACGAGUGCGAUGAGCUAGUAAGAACUAUUCCAAGAGGGCAGCUGGAGGGCAGCGAGUAGUAGCGGAGCGAAUCUUUAUUCGCUUUUCGAUAGAGAAAGUCAAAGGAGAAGGUGGAGGAGGAGGGGGCAGGAAAGGGCGGCAGGAAAAGGCGGCAUGUCGUUGCUGUCAAGUCGUGCCGGCCGAAAAGGGCCCAUUCUCUGCUUCAUUGCGCUGCUCUUCGUUUUCGCUCUCUAUCAUCUGGGUAUCAUUUGCGGCACUGAUAAAAACGGACCUACUGUCACGAUGCUCGCGAAAGAGAAAUACGUUAUUGGACCAUUCGACCAUAAAACCUACACCUACGAUCGAUACAUGCCGCUUAUUUUCAUCGGAGGCGUGCCGAGAUCAGGCACGACCUUGAUGCGCGCCAUGCUCGAUGCGCAUCCCGACGUGAGGUGCGGUCAAGAGACCAGAGUUAUACCGCGGAUACUGCAAAUGAAGAUGCACUGGUCCAAAUCCGAGAGAGAAAAUCUACGGCUCACGGAAGCUGGUAUCUCCAAAGAUGUGAUAGACAGCGCAAUAGCGGCGUUUUGUUUGGAGAUAAUAGCUCGUCAUGCGGAACCAGCUGCUAGAUUAUGCAACAAAGAUCCCUUAACCCUGAAAAUGGGCUCCUACAUGCUCGAACUUUUCCCUAACGCAAAGUUUAUUUUUAUGGUACGAGAUGGUCGAGCCACCGUUCACUCCAUUAUCUCGAGAAAGGUCACCAUCACCGGCUUCGAUCUGACGUCUUAUCGUCAAUCAUUGAUCAGAUGGAAUCACGCUAUUUCCGCAAUGUAUGGACAAUGUCGGGAAGUUGGAUCGGAGAGAUGUUUGAUGGUACCUUACGAACAACUGGUUUUACAUCCGAGGCAAUGGAUGAAAAAGAUUUUACAUUUUUUGGACGUGCCUUGGAACGAAUCGGUUAUGCAUCACGAGGAAUUUAUUAACAAACCUGGCGGCGUGCCUCUGAGCAAGGUCGAGAGAUCGUCCGAUCAGAUAAUAAAGCCGGUUAAUCUAGAAGCUUUGACCAAAUGGGUGGGCAACAUUCCUGAUGAUGUAGUCAGGGAAAUGCCAGACAUUGCACCGAUGCUUUCCGUUCUCGGUUAUGAUCCUUAUGCCAAUCCACCCGUUUACGGUGCACCCGACAGUCUAGUUAGCGACAAUACCAGACGGGUGCUAGCCGACGGAGAAGUUUGGGCUGCUAAAGCUCGUCAAUUCGAUUUACGAGUUAAACCAAUUGGAUUGAGCAACGAGGACGAUACUACCAAUGCUCCUCCAGCAAAUGCGUGACCAAGGAUCGACGAGCAACCUUCUUUAGGCACGCUUUAUUCCAAUCCGUACGAUUUACCGUCAUAGUAUAACGGAAAUGCAAAACGUACCACGCGAAUACCCGAUGCGGCUCGUCCCAUUUUCUCUUUCUCUCUAUCACGUACACACAUUCUCUCAACUCCCGCGCAGUGCGCCCGGAGACGCGCAAACUCUCUCACCCACCAAACCAAGGGAAAAUCGAAUCCGCGGAAUUCACUGAAAUUCGUUCUCCCAACGACCUCUUUUUAAAAUAAGAAAUAUGAUAAAACGACCUUUUACGCGUGAUACAUGCAAUUUUUCCUUUUUUUUUUUUUUUUAAUUUUUUUUUUUUGU